CUGCCUGUGGCGUUGAGCCCUGAUUUAGGCGGCACAGGGAGGAUUUCUGGCGCUGGAGAACCGGUCCCCAUGACAAUAUUGUUUUUGAUGAGCAAAGGCCACCGGAAAACGAGGGAAUGAAUGUGCACCAUCACCGCUAGCAAGUGCGGCAGGGCCCGAGGGGCUGCUGGUGCUCCAGCAGCGGGGCGUGAGGAGGGUGUGAGGGACCCGCUGCCUCGCUCCAGCCGCUCCGCAGGGAUCCCGCGUCCCUACCAGCACCCAGCCUGGGGGACACAUCUCACGGCGGGAGCCUCACCGGGUCCCCCUCCCGCCCCCGCGACGGGAGGGGCUCUGGCCGCUCCGGCCGGGCGCCUCGGGGAGACACCAAGACGACCUGCGGGGAAGCUCCAUGAAGGUGACCAGCCAUGCAAUGUUCCUGGAAGGCUGUACUCCUCCUAGCCUUGGCAUCCAUUGCAAUCCAGUACACAGCAAUCCGCACCUUCACUGCCAAGUCCUUCCACAGCUGCCCCAUCCCUAAUCCUGUGAACUGCAGCCUGAGCCAGGACACUGAUGUGGCUGACAGGCUGUGCGAUGAGAAUCCCACUUUCCCGUAUAACCUCUCCAGGAAGACUCACGUUCUCAUCCUUGCCACCACCCGCAGCGGCUCCUCAUUUGUUGGGCAGCUGUUCAACCAGCACUUCGAUGUCUUCUAUUUAUUUGAGCCCCUCUACCACGUCCAGUACACCCUGAUCCCAAAGCUGACCCAGAGCAAGAGCACGACAGACAGGCGGGUCAUGCUGGGGGCCAGCCGAGACCUGCUGCGGAGCCUGUACGACUGCGACCUCUACUUCCUGGAGAACUACAUCAAGCCCCAGCCUGUCAACCACACCACUGACCGCCUCUUCCGCAGGGGAGCCAGCAAGGCCCUGUGCUCACCCCCUGUAUGUGAGUCCCUGGGAGCUGUGGAUCUCCACCUGGAGGAAGGGGACUGCGUCAAGAAGUGUGGGACCUUGAACCUGACGCUGGCCACAGAGUCCUGCAGAGAGCACGGCCACGUGGCCAUCAAAACCGUUCGGGUGCCCGAGGUCAGUGACCUCCGGGCCCUGGUGGAGGACCCGCGGCUGAACUUGAAGGUCAUCCAGCUGGUGAGGGACCCCCGGGGGAUCCUGGCGUCCCGGAGCGAGACCUUCCGAGACACCUACAGGCUGUGGAGGAUCUGGGAUGGCACUGGCAGGAAGCCAUACAACCUGGAUGUGACCCAGCUCACCACAGUGUGCGAGGACUUCUGGAACUCUGUGUCCACCGGCCUCAACCGGCCACCGUGGCUCAAGGGCAAGUACAUGCUGGUGCGGUACGAAGACCUGGCCAGGAACCCCAUGAAAAAGACUGAGGAGAUCUACGAUUUCCUGGGCAUCCCCAUGGACAGCAACGUGGAGCGCUGGAUACAGAACAACACCCGAGGAGACAGGUCCUCCUCCAAACACAAGUACGGGACGGUGCGCAACUCGGCGGCGACGGCGGAGAAGUGGCGCUUCCGCCUGUCCUACGAGAUCGUGGCGUUCACCCAGCACGCCUGCCAGCAGGUGCUGGCGCAGCUCGGCUACAAAACUGCUGCCUCCGAGGAGGAGCUGAAGAACCUCUCCAUCAGCCUGGUGGAGGAGAGAGACUUCCUGCCCUUCUCCUAAGGCAGCCCCAGUGGUUUUGAUGCGUACUGUUUCUAACUGAUGCCUUAUUUUAUUUUCUUUCCUUUUGUUUCCCCCUCUCUCUUUUGUCUUUUUCUCUCCAAAAUUUGCACUAAACCGUGAGCGGGAAUCUCAACGGCCGAGUCCGAGGGAAGUGACUGCUGCCCCUCAAUACAUUUUGGAUGCCAGGAGGAGUUGGGUCUCUCCAAGCAAGAGCUAGAACUCUGGAUGGGUAACAAUGUUUACAAAACACACAAAAUGUAUAAAGCAACCUUCAAGCUUUCCAAACCGAAGGGUAUCUGGGGUACUGUACUUUUGCACUGUUUACUUUUACAAUGUAAGAGGUAAAUAUAAAUAUAAUUUAUGAAUUGUGUCAUCCCCUCCAGAAUAACUCCCCCUGCCCCCAAUGAGCAGGUUAGACUGGAAGCUGAAAGUAGAACAACCUCCUCAUUUUUUGAUCUCAGUGCGACAUGUCUGUCUAUUUAAGUCCUGUUAUUGGGCUGGGCAGUUGGUCAGCUGCUCCUACAUGGUUGUUUGGUAACACCUGUGAUUAUUCUUUGUGCCAAAAACCCACAAAAAAAAAAAAAAAAAAAAAAAAAAAAAAAAAAAAAAAAAAAGGAAAAAAAGCUAUUGGGUCAUUUGGUAAAAGCCCAACACAUUUAAUGCUUUAUUUCUGUGUUUUCUGUAAAUAAAAGUGCAAUAAAACUGACCUGGGGGUGAACUUCAA